AUGGAGGUUAUAAGAGUUGCAUCUGUAGUAAAGUCCAAUGCCUCGGGCUUGUUGAGCUUGCAGACACAGAAGAGAAAGGUAAGUCUGAGGAAAAAGUAUAUGGAGAGCUGCAUCAAAGCAAAGUAUGGAGAUUAUGACUGCAGCAAAGGGCCCAGCAUGGUAGACGCAAAUAUUUCCGUUCUGAGACCGCGAGUGUAUGAGCUCAAGUUGCAGGAAAGCUAUCACAGCCCUCCUCAGGAAUGGAUGGAAUGGGAGAAAAAUAUGCGUUGUGAUUAUUACUCCACUAUUUCUCAAGCAACUGGAAUUUUUCAGUCAUGUUUAAUGAGUACUAGGCCCACCAUUGCUUUGGCUACUUUGAGUUUUCUUUUAAUAGGCAUGGGCACCUCACUCACUGUUGAUUUUCUUAUGGCGUGGAGUAAUGUGGAUGUGUUUCUCCACAGUUUAUGA